UAUAGACCAUUGGGGUCUGUUCUAAAAACACAAACAAAAAUUAUGUACCUUUUGGCACAUUUUAUCCUCCUACCCAUAUUUCAAGAGUGAUUACGCAGUGCUUUUGCUACGUCACAUGGCGCUGCUCCAUGAGCCUUUUCCACCAUAAGCUCCGUAACGAAAUCCACACAAAUGUAUGGCAAAAAAUGCCCACGCAUGUAAUAUCACGUGGCGGUGCUCUGGAGAAGCCAGCAGUAAUUUUCCAUAUUUUAGAGCUCGAAAAGUUUCCCAUAAUAGAUUCUUAUAAUAGUGCACAAACCAGCCGCCGUGCAUGUCUCACCACCAAUCCUUUUCUAACAAACAAAAAAAACAAAAAACAAAACCAACACCAACGUCGGUCCCUAAUUUUCUCUCUCCCCCACAAAAUUGUCCACACGUAAGACUAACGUUUUGUCCCAACACGUGUCCUCAUCCCAUUGCCCCAUAUCUCCCUUAACCGUUCCUCUCCGUUUAUAACUUACUCUUCUCUCUCUCCUCUCCCGCCCUUUACACUUUUUAUAUUCUCCUUCCAAAAUCCUUCUCUCUCUCUCUCUCUCAUCAUAUCUGCAACCUUUCGGCAAUCCUUUCUGUUCGUUUCCUUCAAAGAAUACAUAGGAUUUUGGUGAACGUAACUACCUGAAACAUCCAUGUACAGUGAGAGGAAAAGCUUACCUUCAAUGUCCCACAACAUGAUGCACUCCGACCCGAACCUUUCCUCAUCGACCGUCACUGACGAGGACUAUGCCGCCCGGAACAGCAGCUUCUCCGCCUUUGACCCGAGCCGGAUGAGCGGAGAGGGGUCCCCCAUGAUGAUGUCUCCCUGGAACCAAACCACUCCCUUCAACAAAUCACCAUGGUCCCAGCACUUUGACGAGAACCCACCUCAAAACCUCCCGCAAAACGGCCUCAUCUCCUCCCUCGUUCGCGAAGAAGGCCACAUUUACUCUCUCGCGGCCUUUCGCGACCUCCUCUACACCGGGUCCGACAGCAAGAACAUCCGGGUCUGGAAGAACAUGAAGGAGUUCUCCGCGUUCAAAUCCAACAGCGGGUUGGUGAAGGCUAUUAUCAUCUCGGGGGAGAAGAUUUUCACGGGUCAUCAGGACGGGAAGGUCCGGGUGUGGAAGAUCCACCCGAAGAACCCGAACGUUCACAAGCGGGCCGGGACAUUGCCCACUUUCAUGGACAUAUUCAAAUGCUCAAUCAAGCCGAGGAACUACGUGGAAGUUAAGAGGAAGCGGACUGCUAUCUGGAUUAAGCACAUCGAUGCGAUUUCCAGCUUGAGCAUGGAUCAACAAGCGGGCCUUUUGUAUUCGGCUUCUUGGGACAGAACAUUUAAGGUCUGGAGGAUGGAAAACUCGAAGUGUCUCGAGUCCGUUAAGGCCCACGACGAUGCCGUUAACUCAGUCGUGGCCACCGUUAACGGAAUGGUCUUCACUGGAUCCGCUGACGGGACCGUCAAGGUUUGGACGAGAGAGAUUGCAGGGAAGGUGACGAAACACACACUGAUAGACACGCUGUUGAAACAAGAGUGUGCGGUUACGUCUUUGGCCGUAAGCGGGUCGGGUUCGGUGGUCUACUGCGGGUCGUCGGACGGGCUGGUGAAUUUCUGGGAAAGGGAGAAGGAGCUGUGCCACGGUGGGACACUCAAGGGGCACAAGCUGGCGGUUCUGUGCCUCGCGGCUGCAGGUAAUCUGGUGUUCAGCGGGUCGGCGGACAAGACCAUAUGCGUGUGGAGGAGGGAGGGGAUGGUCCACACAUGUCUGUCCGUCUUGACGGGCCAUACCGGGCCCGUCAAGUGUCUUGCCGUGGAGGAGGACCGGGAAUCGACGGCUGGGGAUCAAAAAUGGGUGGUGUACAGUGGGAGCCUCGACAAGUCUGUGAAGGUGUGGAGCGUGUCGGAACUGGCGCCUGAUCUGCAUCAGAUGGCCAUGAUGCAGCAACACUACAGUACUUCCUCGGAGGGGAACGUUUCGUGGGAUUCUAUUCCAUCAGCAAAGUACUGAUCAAGCUGGCGGGGCCGGGCCAGAACUUCCGAUACGGUGAGUGACACGUGUAACCUUAAUGAAGAACUUGUGAUGAUUCUCGUAUGGCAACACGUCGUAUUGAAGAACAGGAGGAUUGUUGUUCUGUAUUGUUGUGGACAUGCAUGAUUAUUGGAUUAUUGGAGAGGGCAUUGAAACAGAUUGAGAUUUUUUUCCCCCUUACAAACAUAGCUAAUGUAUCCUAAAAAACAGUUUUUCAUUUGUUGCAGUUUGUGAAUGUGUUUUCUAACAUUCCCCCAUUCUUUUGCUCCUGGGGAAUUUCCCGGGUCAGGAGGCACUAGCCUCACCAUAUGGGUGCCAUUCAUUUUGCGCCUCCAUUUUAAAUCAAACCCAGGCUGUCUUUUGUUGAGGAUUUUAGAUCUCGAAACUGAUACUCGAACCACGAUAACAGAAACAUGUCGUUCAUGUCAGUGCAUUUAUCUAUAUUGGCUCUACAAACUUUGGAAUUCUGUACUAGUUUGUCUGGUUUGAUAGUAUAAUAGGACUACUCGGAUAGGAAGUCAAAACUAGCUAGGCGGAGGUUUCAAAGGUUACGCAAUCCCAGUGACAAGAAAUUAUUCUGCAUUGUAACAUUUCGUGAUUCAGGAGUUAUCAACUAGGAAAUUGACAAACAAGUCAAGAAAAAUGUUCUACAAGUUAUUAUGUAGUGAAAUGACUUAAUCAGGAUGAGUCAAACUGUUUGUUCUUUUGCAUUAUUCGACAAAUGAGAAUACCAUUACUAUGUGUGCAAUUGC